CUGGUCACAUCCGCGCAUCUCUCCAUGACAAAGUGGCAGCGGGCAGUUCCGCCGACGGCGUCUGUGUCGGAUGAUGCUGGUCGGAACGACUGCUUUCCAAAUCUCGCAACCUGACUUGCCCUAUCUUCGCUGUAAAUCCUUCACUGACCCUCUAUAAACUCCCUGGAACACGUUGUGAUCGCACGCGACACUUGUAGCAUACCAUGGCGGACAACAAACCCAAUCAGGCAGUCGCACAGGACGACUUAGUCAUCCCACUCAUCGACUUUGGCGCAUUUCUCUCCGGCGACCCUGCGACCAAGAAGGCCACCGCUGAGGCCGUCCUUGAGGGGUUCCAAAACGCAGGCUUCAUCUACCUCAAAAACCAUGGCAUAUCGCCCUCGACUAUUUCGAAUGCCUUCUCGCAUAGCGCCAGUUUCUUCGUGCGCCCACAGGAUCAAAAGGAUGCCAUGGCAUGGUACUCUGCGGCAGCGAACCGUGGCUAUGUAGCACAAGGGCGAGAAAAGCUUGUCCCCCUCGACGAAACAGGGACAGAGGAAGAGAUGCGCAAGACCGUCCCAGAUCUGAAAGAGUCGUUGGAGAUCGGGAGGGACAAUCAGCCAGAUACACCCAACAUGUGGCCCAGUGGGGACGAGGCGGCGAAGGAGUUCAAGCACGAGAUGCUGAAGUUCUUCGACACAUGCAAGGGUCUACAUAUGCAGAUUAUGCGCGCUAUUGCAUUGGGUAUGGAUAUCGAAGAGAGCUGGUUCGACGGGUUCACGGAUGCCGGUGACAACACGCUGCGUCUGCUGCACUACCCUGGCGUGUCCAAGUCGGUAUUCAAGAGGAAUGACGGACAACUACAAGUUCGUGCUGGCGAGCACAGCGACUACGGCAGCAUCACUCUUCUUUUCCAAGACAAGCGUGGUGGACUGCAGGUGAAGACGCCCAAGGGCACGUUCGUCAACGCUACACCCAUUGAUGGGACGAUUGUAGUCAACGCUGGAGAUCUGCUUGCUCAGUGGUCCAACGACACCAUCAAAUCAACGAAGCACCGCGUCAUUGAGCCACCGCCCCAGAAGGACGACGAUGGAACAGACAGCUACCCACCACGAUACUCGAUAGCGUACUUCUGCAACCCCAACUACGAGCGCAUGAUCAAGGCGAUCCCAGGGACGUACGAGGAAGCAGGGAGAAAGUAUCAGGACGUGCAGAGUGGAGAGUAUAUCAUCGGAAGACUCACGGCGACAUACUGACAUGUAAACAACCGCUACUCGGGCAAAGCAAAAAUGUCGGAAAUUUUAAACGAUUCAUCAAACAUGUCACUUCAGGGGAUCGUCGAAGCAUUCUGAUAGGGUUGAUUCACACGACACAGGAGCCUUAAGGCUACAUCUUUCCGCCGACAUUUUAAUUCACCAUUGAAUCUGAGGCUCGAUGUCUCUGAAGCUCCGUUCCUCGAAUGAGCACUUGCCUUGGUCCCAGAAACCGACUCCAGAUAGAUGCAUUGACUGAGACCCGUUUCCAUAUUUGGUUCAAUCGGUUUCCCAUUAAAGAUCUACUUUGAUAAAUUGAAUGCAUUUACUGCGUAGUGUCCCUUAACACAUACACGCUAGCGCGAACACGACUCGGCAGUAGCAGCACCGUCGGCGACGACCAUGGAUGAGAACACCGGAUGCUCCUUGAUACUGAGCCUUGCCGUCAGC